AUGGCAUCGCAGGAUUCCGGCAACACGUCUUCUUCUGGCGGUGGUGGUUUCUCUCCUCCGAUCCUAUCGCUAAAUUUCGGCGACAACAGCUCUCAACCAUCAGUCAAAAUCGAGCCGCCUGCAGUUUCGAAUAUGACAAGCAAAACGAUUGAUAUUCCGAAUGAGAGGGUUGGUGUGAUUACUAGUGAAAAAGAUGAUGAUGCAGAUCCUAAUCCCCCAACUAGGGUUAGGAUCUUCACUACGCAAAUCGCCAAACCCAAGAACCCGUCUAUAAACAAUGAUAUUGUUGGGUUUGUGGAGGAUAUGUUUGUUCCAAACAAUAUGGUUAGUCUGGGAGUCAAAACCAUAGCAAACCUACAAGAAAGGACGGGAGCGCGUAUUCAGGUGAGAGUAGAGAUAGAUGGCGGCAGAGUACAGGUUGAAAGUGCAAAACAGAUGGUCAAUAAAAUAAUCAUCCAAAAUCAACAACCCUGUUAUGGUGGUUAUGGUUACUCACAACCUCAGCCUGCAUGUGGUUGUGGUUGUGGUUGUCAUGAUCACUACAGGAAGCUGCCGCCGCCGCCUCCUCAGCAACAUGCCUGUGGCUGUGGUGGUGAAGGUGGUUCAUCAGCCCCUGCACCAAAAGCUUGUCCCUGUAAUCAACAAGGGCAAGGGCAGCCGCCGCCAGUACCGCCUCAGCAACAAGCCUGUGGCUGUGGUGGUGGUGGUGGUGGUGGUUGUUCAUCAGCACCUGCAUAUAAUACCAGCUAUGGAUUCAACCAAUCAGCAGCUUUUCCCUAUAAUCAACAAGGGCAAGGUUAUCCUCAUUACCACGGUUAUGGUGGCUAUAAUAAUGCACCUGGUUACGGUUACGGUUAUGGUUAUCUACCACCUGGAGCAUAUCCAUAUUAUAUUUUUGUUCCUCCUACUGGAUAUGAUCAACAACCUGCAUUUGGAUAUGCUGGUGGCUGGGACCAGACAGCUCAAGGGGACCAGACAGCUCAAGGGGACCAGCUGCCGCCUCAGCAACAAGCCUCUGGUGGUGAUUCAUCAGCCGCUGCAGAUAAUACCACUUAUGGAUACAACCAACCACCAGCUUCUGGCGAUGGGCAAUGCAGCUGUGGUUAUGGUCAGCCGCAGCCAGAUCUUAAUCAGUAG